CUCGUGGUCUCGUGGAUCAUUCAUUUCAAAUUGGCACAUAACAACCCGGCUAGCAGCUACAAACAUGGCCGCGGUAAAUAGGUGCAAAACUGCAAAUAGAGUCAAUAGACCACACUGACAGACAUAACUCAAUAAGUAGUCGCCACCAAACUGCCACACACGUCGGGGUACUCCGAUCGGCGGGGUAUUAUGUGGGUAGAGCUGAUUUGCGGCAUAGCCGUUUUCCGAUUACUGAAAAGAUACUUUAGCGGAGACGACGUUAUCGAUGCCGAAACCUGUCACGCCAACGCUCUUUUUUCCGUCGCCCGGCAGCUGGAGAGGCUCUACUGCGGCAAGGUCUUCGUUGGGCUUCAAAUUCCGGAUGCUGAUUCUGGUUCUCGCCGGAGUAUUGAUCUUGUGCUCGUUACUCAACGGGAAGUAGCAGUAAUCUCUGUGAAGAAUGUCUCAGGUGUUGUGAAUAUCGACAAGGAUGGUAGUUGGGUUUGCACUGAUGGACUAACACAUAAGAGAGAGCAUUAUCCAGAUCCUGUAGCAGAGACAAAACAACUAAUUCCUAUUUUGGAGUCAUACCUUGAGAAAAGGGGAGUCUUUUUUCCAGAGGGAUAUUUGUCAUGGAAAGUCAUAUGUCCAAAUCCCAAUUUUCGAACUGUUCAUCCAGACUCAUUUCCAUCUGAGGUGAUUACAUAUGACCAAUUGGUACAGCCAAAGCCAGAUGAUAGAAGUUUGCUUUCCAGGUGGAUUAAAUGUGUGUUUCCUUUUGGGAAGAAAGAAAUGCUGGAAGCAAUGCUAGAGAAGCUUAAUGGUAUUCUCUGUACAGCUCCAAUGUGGGAUCGACUAGAGCUUAAGAACAAUAAAUGCCUCCUAGGUGAGUUUCUGGAAUUCAAAGGGAAGAGGGAUGAUAUUUUGGCAUUACGAAAUGUAAAGAGAUCAAAAGUUAGUCGGUUGACUAUCCAAAAUACAAGCACAUAUGGGUUAGCUCCUUCAAAGAUUCAAAUUUUGUACUCACCCCGAGAUAAUCAUGGUGAAGGGACCUCAGCUUCUGAGUGGAAGAGAGUUUGCGUUCUAUCUAGCACAGAGGUUCUAUUUCAAUGUCAAGGUUGUAGUGAAGUAAAAAAUUAUAGGUUAUCUUCAGUUAUUUACAUGUCCCUCAGCGUGUGAGGCAUCUUCUUUCUAUACACACAUGAUACAUGAAAAGGGUACUCAGUCAGUUUUAUAUCCUUAUGUACAUUUGAUCUGACUUACAUGCGAACUCAUGUUAGUCGACCCCAAACUCUUUUGGGACUAAGAGGCUUGUAUGUU